CUCAGAAACGGACGUGAGCGUAAACUUCCGCGACGAUGGAGGCGAUCGUCAACGAGACGGUGUCGUCGGAGGAUUUACUGAAGUUUGAGAAGAAGUACAACUUGGAGUUGAAGCAGGGCUCGCUGUCCAGAGCCACACAGUUUGAAUACGCCUGGUGUCUGAUCCGCAGCAAGUACUCCGGCGACAUCGUUAAAGGAGUUGCAAUCCUGGAAGAGUUGUAUCCUGAUGCAUCCAAAGAGGAGCAGAGAGAUUACAUUUUCUACCUGGCCGUUGGGAAUUAUCGGUUGAAGGAGUACGAGAAAGCUCUGAAAUUCAUCCGCACCAUGUUGAAAAAUGAACCACGCAACCAGCAGUGCUUGGAGCUGGAGAAACUCAUCAACAAAAAGAUGCAGAGAGAUGGUCUGCUGGGCAUGGCGAUCGUCGGGGGUGCGAUCGUUGGACUGGCCGGAAUGGCGGGACUGAUUGGAUUGGCUGUGAGCAAAGGCAAAUCCUGACCCAGCUGUCCGAAGAUGAUGCAAGUGCUUCCUUUAAUUUAAUGAUCUCUCUCUGUAACACUGAAGCAAGAUACAGACUCUCGGCCUGACUGAAGUUUUUCUGCAUCAAAGCUUUGUAUUGAAAAUGAUUUGUUUAGUGUAUAAUAUUUAAUUACUUUAUAAUAAUUGUCAUUGACUAUUCCUGGAACAGUUUCUCAGUUAUCCCAUAGGGAAAACACAAGUAAACGUUAUAAAUAACAGCUUUGUAAACUGAAUAAACACCAGCCAUACAACAGUUUGUGGCGAAGUGUCAGUGGGGGCCAUGCUGUGACAGAGAUCCAGACCGUCUUGCUGCUUCACUUCCAGGGCAGGGACCUUAGGGUUCAGAGGCAAUGUGCAGCUCUCGUUCUCCAAUCAAACGUGUGUGUGUUGGCCUGAGGGAUGCUGUGUGUGGGUGGAAUUUUGUGGGGAAAGAAUUGAGGGGUUUGGUGAGGUGGGCAGCUGGGACCAUGUCACACGAGGAAGUAAAGCACGUGGCGUAGAUGGAAUUGGGGAAUACCGUGGGGAGGGAGGGUGUUAUUGUGAUGAGACGGCUGAGAUGUUCGGUGAGAAGGUGGGCCUGAGGGUUUUGUUGGGAGGGUGCUGUGUCAGUGAAGUUGUUGGAGAGAGAGGGGUAUAGUUGGUAGGUGGGGUUAAGGGUUACAGUGGAAAUAAGGUCAAGUGAAUUUGAAGGACAUGGCAAGUACAGGGUGUUGAUGGUUACAGGGUUUGAGGACGUGAGAAAAUAGCAGGAGUAGGCCAUUCAGCCCCUCAAGCCUGCCACCCCCCCAUUUGAUCUGCUCUAUGACAUCUCUUUGACAGUUCCCCAUAGCCCCCAAUUCCCCAGUAAAAUGUAUCUGCCUCCUCUGUGAAAACCUCCAGUGACUCAGGCUCCACAUCGCUGCAAAGUAGGGAGUUGCAGGGAUUCACCAACCACUGCCCCCUUGUCACUGUGUCCCCUCGCUCGAGUCUCUCCCACGAGUGAAAACAUCUCCACGUUGCCCUAGCCAUGCCUUGUUAGGAACUUGUAUUUUUCAAUAAGAUCUCUUUUCCCCCCACCCCUCCUCCCCCUACCCCCUUUCUUCUAAACUCCAGCUAAUAGAAAUCUAAUUCUUUAGCCACUGAUGAUGGGAGUACUCUCUUGUCCCAGGAAUUAACUCGUCCGUCUCCUUUUGAUUGCCUCCAAUGGUGGCCUAUCAAAUAAGGGACCAAAACCGUGUACAGUACUCCAGGGGUGGCCUCACCAGUACCGCAGAGAAUCGUGACAAUACUUCCCUAUUUCUGAACACUAAGCCCUUGCAAUAAAGGCAGCAAAUAAUGUGCCAGCUGCCUUACUAACCACUGGCCACUAAUUUUUGUGAUUCAUGCACCAGAAUACCCAGGUAUUCUGUACUUCACUCAGCUGCAAUCUUUCUCCAUUUAGACAAUAUCCCACCGUUAAAUCCUUAUUACUGAAGUGCAUGACCUAAUAUCUGCCCACAUUAAACUUUUACCCACUCACUCAACCGACCUCUGUCCUGUUCAAGCCCAAAUAUCAUCACAACGUCCUGCCUCCUUUUUUUUGUGUCAUUGGUGAACUUGGAAACCUCGCACUCUGCUCCCCCAGUUCAGGUCAACGGUAUAACUAGUGAACAAUGGGGAGGAGAAAUGAUCCCUGUGCACUCCACUAGUUAUGUGCUCACAGCUGAAGAAGAUCCGUUUAUUCCGACUUUAUGAUGACCAUUCUCCAGUCCACGUCAGUGCACUUCUUCCAGUGCCAUAAGAUCUUUCCUUGUGCACCAGCCUUGCAUUUGUUGUCAGAGGUACACGGGAAUACUGCUGACUGGAAAUCCAAAUACAUCUGCACGUUCUCCUCUGUAGACUGCUACAUCCUCGAAGAACCCCGGCAGGUUUGUCAAAUAUAAUGUGUGUUUUAUAAAACCAUUUUUCUUUGGUUGUUACAUUAAAUUUUUCUAAAUGAAAGGCUGUUUCUUCCUUGAUUACAGACUCCAGCAUCUUGUCAAAGCAGAUGUUAAGCUAACAGGCCUCUUGUCCCCCUUUUGUCUGUUUGUAGUUUUCCAAUCCGCUGGUACCCUCGCAGAGCUCAGUGGGCUUUGAAGGUCUUCGACCAGUAACUCCCUAUCUUUGAAGCCACUUUCUUUCAAACCCUUGGGUGCAGGGAUAGAUGGGGCCAAAGCAUGUGGGUAGAUGAUGGGGAGGCGGUGAGGAGGAGGUUUUGGUAUUGAGGGAUUUGGUGCGUAUGCUCGGUGGUGCUGAGGGAACUGGUGAGAGCAGGAAUUGAUGGAUACAGUGAGCAAGUGGGCUUGAGAGACACGAGAGGUGGGUUAGUGGUUCAGGAGGACGACGGGAAGGGUUUGACCAAAUAUGGUGAGGUAAAGGAGGAUAUGGUGAGACGUGUAACAGCUUGUGGGAUAUAAGGAUAUAGGUAGAUCAGUGAAGGAUUUUGUGAGGAGGGUGUGAGGGAUGUGUCCAGACGGUGAGUGGAUGUAAUUGAAGGGGAAGUGGGCUUGGAUAUUGUGGGAAUGUGGGAUAGGUUUUCGUGGGGAGACAUUAUGGAGAGGCUACAGAUCAUGAAAUAGGGGGUGAAGUUGGAUUUGAGAGGUGAAGCUGAGGAUCGGGCAGUUUUGAGGGGAAUGGUGCGUAACUGAGGGGGAAGGAGUGUGAGAUCGUAUGUGGGCGGGAGAAAUGGGAGGUUGGGCUUGGUGAAUGCAGUGGGUGGGGAUGGGGAGUGGUGCUGAGGGUGAAAAUGAGGGGUGUGAGGGGCAGUGGGACUGGGGCAUGAAGUGUGUUUGGGGGAUUUGUACAAUUGUGACUCAAUGUUUAGAAUCAAAAGGCACAUUUAAUAUUGAGCCAUGUGGGACUUGGUGUGAGCCCCCCGCUACCAGUCUUGUCACUAAAGUACACAACUCCCUUGCUACUGAGCCAGUUGUGGAUUCUAUGGUUAUUUAGUUCAUAGACAUCUGCCACACGAGAUAUGUCAAUGUCUUUGGUCUUUCUGGUCCAAAAAAAUUCAAGCAUGACUCUCUGCAAUAAACCUACGUAAGACUGUCCUUUAUUAA